AUGAAACAUAGGCUGACUGAUGAGGCUUACAGGGCCUCGACCGACGAUAACGGGGAUUGUAAGUCAGCUUUUAUGAUGCAAGAUUAUGGUUCCUCCCACCGGCAGGUUGAGAUCUUCCACCAAAGACCCUUUUCUACCGUCUGCCCCAGCCAGGGACACGCUUGGAAGUCCUCACCUCGGACAGCUCCUCAGACCGACUGCGUUGCAGAGGCACCAUCAGCUGUCCCAGCAUGGCUGUCUCCUGUGCGCAUGUGUGCCAGUGGGUAA